AUGACGGUUCCAUAUGUGCUGCUGGUAACGGAAAACGUUAGUAAUGCAAGUAUUACCGAACUGACUUCUCAAGGGAUUGAAUAUACCAAACUGAGGCUCUGGUCGAUGACCGAAUAUGAUGUCAUUAUGUAUCUGGAUCUCGAUAUUUUACCUCUCAGGGAUAUAACGCCCUUUUUCUCCUGCGGGUCAUUUUGUGCAACAUUCCGCCACUCAGACAGAUUCAACGCCGGCGUUCUGGUGCUCAAGCCUAAUCUCACGGUAUACGACAACCUAAUCAAGGAAGCACCGCAUCUUCCUACCUAUGACGGCGGUGACCAGGGAUUUUUGAACUCGUAUUUUCACGAGCUGAAAUACACUCCAACCUUCGAUCACACUCGUCCAAAUGAACAAAAGUAUCAGUCGGACCAAAGAAGGUAA